AUGAACACGGUGAACGCAAGCACGGGCAUGUCUCCCUUCCAGCUACACCUUGGAAGGAACCCGCGAAUCAUGCCGCCUCUCACGCAACAACCCGCUGCCGAAGGAGUACCGGAAGACAAACGCGCGCGUGCACUGAUUUCCCAGCUGGAGCUCGACGUGAUGGAGGCCCAAGAUAACCUCCUCGCAGCAAAAGCCACGCAAGCAACUCAAGCAAACAAGCACCGCACACCGGAACGCACUCUAGAGGUGGGAGACAAGGUCAUGCUGUCCACCAAACAUUGCAGACGAGAAUAUAUGCAAAAAGGUGAUAAACGCGUAGCUAAA